AUGAAGCGCACUAUGGAACCUAUUGUUUCACUCGUGGGUUAUGACAAGGCCUUCUCUAUAGUUGUUCGAUUGGUCAAUAUAUGUGGUCACUGUUUCAACACAUUUGGAGUGGAAGACCACGAUAGCAUCUCCAGCAAGUCCUGGAUAAUAAAUUAUAUUAUGCGAGACAUGCUCAAGUUUGAAAAUCAAGUACCAUUUUGCAUCCUUGAGUAUCUUCUUGAACUACAUAGAACUGCAGCCGCUGCUAACAAUAACAGUACUUAUGUCAUUCCAUUGACGAUGGACCUCACCUUUGGGUUCAUCAAUAUGACAUUUGGUUCGACGAGCAUUGUACAUAAUAUGGGGAUGCUAGGUUCUUCAAGUUUGAAAGUAGAGCACUUUAUUGCGUUUCUAAGAAUAUUUUAUCUCCCCAAGGACUCACAUAUUACUAAUAUAGGAGGGGAAGUGAAAGUUGUAAGUGCAUCGAGCAUCACCGAACUACAGAUGGCUGGAGUGAAAAUUGUGUGGGGAUCAAGCAUAAGCUUAUCUACCAUAUGA